AUCAACCGAGUUGAAUAUAAUAAAAAAAAACACCAAAAAAAAAUUCAAAUAAUGAAGCAGUCAACGUUCAUUGCCUGCGCCUUAGUGAGCCUACUGUCGUUCAGUAGCUCAAACGCCCAAUGCUUAGCCCGCCCUCCGUGCGCAGCACCAGCGGCUCCUCUACCCUUGGCCACCUUACUUCCCCUGCUCGCUAACCCGGCUGCCUUGCCCACGGUCCCUCCAUCCUCGAUCGUUUGCCUCUUGACCACCCUGGCCAACAAUCCAGCCCUCCUGCCCACCAUCCCCCCACCGGUGCUCAUCAACUUGCUCACUUUACUGGCGUCCAACCCGUCCCUGUUGGUCGCCAUCCCCCCCAAUGUACUCGUGGCCAUCUUGGCCGAAUUGGCCGCCAACCCGGCCAUCGUCGCCAUAGUCCCGCCCCCCGUCAUCCUCGGCCUCGUCAAGUCCAUCGCUUCAGCCGCCCCAGCUCUGUUGCCCCUCAUUCCGCGACCAGUUCUGUUGGCGCUCCUGAGCCCCGUACUGCCCGCCCUAGGUCUGCCACCCUCGUCGCCGACCGUUGUCGCUAGCCUGUCCAUCCCCGCCGCUCCAGCACCGGUGAUCGCUCCCGCCCCGGCUCCAGGCCCAAUCGUCGUCCAGCUGCCAAAGAAAACCGUAUCCAGGACCCCGAUAGUCGUCCCGGGCGGUCCAGCCCCCAACUUGCUCGUCAAGUUGCAACAACAACCGUCCUGUCCCCCGACCAUCCUGCCAGCCUGUGCUCCGGGUCCGAUCAUCAUCAACGACAGCCAAAACUCACACAGCGGCACCAUCACCAACGCUCCAGCUCCAAAACCGGCCAACAUCAUCUUCUCCCUGCCCACUCCAACGCCCAGCGCACCCAUAGUGUUGCCGCCCGCACCUUUGCCACAGAUCUUGUACAGCCCAGGCUCCAGCUUCAGCACCCCAGACAUCGUGUUACAAGCCCCGUCCUGUCUGCCAAAAUUGUUCGUCCUGCCAUCUCCAGCCUGUCCACAGCCCUGUUACGCACCACCCCCGUGCCAACAACUGCCCCCAUUGCUCGCCACUGUACCUAGUGUACCCGCUAAUGCAUGCGGAUUUGAAAUGAUCAACACAAUUAAGAUCUGUACAAAAGACAUAACAGAAGCAUCGAAAAAGUUAAAAUAUUGCUUAUUCCCAAUCAUCACAAUUUGCUCGAUUGUUCUUAAUCACAAAUUAAAUGAAGGAUCCAUCGCACAAUGCGCUUUACCAGCACCUUGCGCAUCAGCACCCUUAUCCCUCCCAGCAACUCCGGUUGGAUCUCCUCUCCCGUUGGCCUCCUUACUUCCUUUGCUCAGCAACCCAGCCGCUUUACCUUCAGUCCCCCCUACAGCCAUCGUUUGCCUUUUGACCACCCUCGCCAACAACCCAGCUCUCUUGCCCACCAUCCCUCCACCAGUGCUCAUUAAUUUGCUCACUUUAUUGGCGUCCAACCCGUCCUUGUUGGUCGCUAUCCCACCCAAUGUACUCAUCGCCGUCCUCGCCGAAUUAGCCGCCAACCCGGCAAUCGUCGCCUUAGUCCCACCCUCCAUCAUCCUCGGUCUCGUCAAGGCCAUCGCUACCGCAGCCCCAGCUCUGUUGCCACUCAUUCCCCAACCUGUUCUGUUGGCUCUCUUGGCCCCCGUGUUGCCAGCUCUUGGUCUGCCUUCAUCGUCUGCGCCAGUUGUCGCUAGCUUGUCCAUCCCCGCCGCACCAGCACCAAUCAUCGCUCCCGCCCCGGCUCCAGGCCCAAUCGUCGUCCAACUGCCAAAGAAAACCGUAUCCAGAACCCCAAUCGUCGUCCCAGGCGGACCAGCUCCCAACUUACUGCUUAAGCUGCAACAACAACCGUCUUGUGGCCCGACCAUCCUGCCAGCUUGUGCUCCAGGUCCGAUCAUCAUCAACGACAGCCAAAACUCACACAGCGGUACGAUCACCAACGCUCCAGCUCCACCACCAGCCAACAUCGUCGUGUCCCUGCCAACUCCAACGCCCAGCGCACCGAUAGUGUUGCCGCCCGCACCUUUGCCACAAAUCUUAUACAGCCCAGGCUCCAGCUCCAGCACCCCAGACAUAGUUUUACAAGCCCCAUCUGGUCUACCGAACUUGUUUGUCGCUCCAGCCGCCCCAGCUUGCCCACAGCCCUAUUACGCACCACCCCCAUGCCAACAAUUGCCCGCCUUGCUCGCCACUGUACCAAGUGUGCCUUCUUCCAUCUGCGGUUGUUAAGAACUGUUUCAGUCUAAAACCAUUAAUAUACUUAUAUAUUUUGCAUAAUUCAAAAUAGCCAUUUUCUAGUUAUUUUGCAUCAAGUAUUUCGGUUUACAUAUUGAACGAAUAAAUAAACGGUUCUAUCUUA